UUCAAGUUUAUUUAAGAGAUUAUAUAUAUAUAUAAAGAUAAUGAAUAUAGUCCGAGAAAUUGCUCGAAUUAAUGAAGCUCAGAUUGGGGCAUCAGAAUCAGAAUCAUGGCAUGCUCAAUAUAAAGAUAGUGCGUAUAUUUAUAUUGGCGGUUUACCAUAUGAAUUAACAGAAGGCGAUAUUAUUUGUAUUUUUAGCCAAUAUGGGGAGCCAUUGGAUAUAAAUCUUGUGCGAGACAAAAAAACGGGAAAAUCUAAGGGAUUUUGUUUUUUAAAAUAUGAAGAUCAACGUUCAACAGUUCUUGCAGUUGAUAAUAUGAAUGGAACAAAAGUUCUUGGAAGAAUAUUGAGAGUCGAUCAUGUUUCGAAUUAUAGGCAUCCUAAACAAAAUAAUGAUGAUGAAGAAUCCGGAAAAUUGGGAAUGAAUGCAGCACCACCAAUUUUGUAUGAAAAUCUACAAAAAACAAAAGAAGAAUCAGAUGAAGAUGAUUAUGCUAAAGGAAUCGAUAUAAAUGAUCCAAUGCGUUCAUACAUUAUAAAAAAGCGUAAAAGGGAAUCAAAAAAAGUGAAAAAAAGUAAAAAAAGUCAUUCAGAUGAAGAAAAUCGAAACGGUUAUAGAAAUCAUCAGAAAAAUGAUGAAAGUAAACAUAAAAAGGAUAGAAACAAUAAAUAACUCAAUAUUUUAAUACUGGAAUGGGAUCUUUUUUAAUACUUUCAAAUCAAUCUAUUUAAAAAGUAAACAUAAA